AUGGACAAGCUGAGCUCAGCUGGAUAUCGCUCAAGCACCUCGUCAACGUCACUCACGAAGCUUGAGAACAUCUUGGAUGACAACUGCGAGGGAACGAAACAAGUGGAAGAGAUGCUGGGGCCCGUACGUCCAGUGAAGACGGACUAUCCAAGCAUGCUACCGAAACGGAAAAGGACUAGGAUGACGAACUGUACUUAUAAAGCACGUACGCGUGCAUCGGGAGCGGCCAUCGAAGAUCUGAUGAUGCAAGCCAAGAAGAUCAAGUACGACAUCAUCGGACUAACCGAGAUGAGACGACGUCACUCUCUCAAUGCCGUAUACAAAACUGGAGAAGAACUGUUCUUAGGAACAUGCGGCAGUAGAGAUGUUGGGAACCAAGAACUCACGUCCGAAAACUCUCAGCCUUCUUCGUGCAGUCGUGAAGGUGUUCAACGACUCACGUUCGUCACGGAACUCGAAAGGAACCACCAUUGCAUCGAGAAGGCGGAUUGUGAAAUCAUCUGCGACUUCUACUCUGAUCUCUUCGAGAGCCAUGUCCACUUGCCUCUUCACCAUCAGACGGUAGACGGACAUUUCAUUCCAGAGGUUCUUCCUUCCGAAAUACGACAUGCUGUCAUGUCGGCACCCGGUCCCGACAGAAUAAGACCAGAACACCUGAAGAACAUUCCGCCAGUACUCAUCAACAUUCUGGCGAGGCUCUUUACACGUUAUCUGUCGGAAUGCAAGGUUCCUAAACAGUCGAAGACCAGCAAGACCGUGUUGUUUAAUAAAAAGCGAGAUAAACAUGACACCGGUUACUAUCGCCCAAACUGCUUACUGUCCGUCACCUACAAGCAUUUUACAAAAGUGAUCCUUAAUAGAACUGAAAAAGCCUUGGAUGAAGGACAGCCGUGCUAA